AUGGUCCCAAAUGAGUCUUCACAGUACAUUGGGAUAAUCCGACUGCUUCAAUAUUUUGGGUGGAUUUGGGUGGGACUCUUUGCUAUUGAUAACCCUGAAGGAGAACAUUUUCUGCAGAUCAUGGAGUCGCUUUUUCCCCAGCAUGGUAUCUGCUCUGCAUAUAUGGAAAGAGUUCCAUAUUUAACCUACUGGGAUAAAUUUUUUGAGAUGAUUAAGAAAGGGGAAAAUAUUUACAAACACAUAAUUGAUGAGAAGAUCAACACCUUUGUCAUCUGUGGAGAAUCUUUGACCAUUGCAUGGUUAACAAAUAUAAUUUUUGUGCUUGAUCCGGGACACGAGCAGAGUUCUUUGGGAAAGGUGUGGAUCAUGACUGCCCAGAUGGAUUAUUUAUUAACAGGAAUGAAUAAAAAAUGGGAUCGGCAGUUCUUUGAUGGUUCCAUUUGCUUUACAAUUCACUCCAAAGAAAUUCCAGGGUUCAAAGAAUUCUUGAAGUUCAUAAAACCUCCUUGGAUUCCAGGAAAUGGUUUUUUCCCACUUUUCUGGGAACAAGUCUUUGAUUGUUCAUUACCAUCCUCUUCUUUGGCCAAAAUGGACAAUCACAUAUGCACUGGAGAGGAGAAGCUAUGGGACAUUCCUGGGGCUCUUUUUGAGGUGGAGAUGUCUGGGCACAGCUAUAGUGUCUAUAAUGCUGUCUACAUAUUGGCUCAAGCUUUACAUGCUCACUUCUCACUUCGAUCUAAUCACAGGCAUUUUUUGAGGCAUAUAUCAUCAGAAUAUCAAGAUUCACAACCAUGGCAGCUCCACCAAUUUCUCAGAGGCAUGAAAUUCAACAAUUCUCUUGGAGAAACGCUGACUUUUUAUGAUCAAAAAAAGAUGGAAGGUGGAUUUGAUAUCGUAAACAUAGUUGCCUUUCCCAAUUCCACUUUCCAGAGAAACAGGAUUGGAAAUGUGGAUCCUGAUGCUGCAAAAGGAGAGGAAUUAGUCAUUAAUGAAGACAUGAUGGUUUGGCAUAGAUCAUUUAACCAGGUGCACCCCAUUUCUCUGUGUAAUGAAUAUUGUUACCGUGGAUAUCAGAAAAGGAAGAAGGAAGGAAAAAAAUUCUGCUGUUAUGAUUGUGUUCCCUGCCCAGAGGGAAAAAUCUCCAAAGAGAUGGACGCUGUUUCUUGCUUUCAAUGUCCUGAUGAUCGAUAUGCAAAUCAGAAGAAAGAUGGAUGCAUCAUGAAAACAAUUAGCUUCUUGUCUUAUGAAGAACCUUUAGGACUCAUUUUAACCACUGUUGCCACUUUAUUUUUCCUCACUACAGUAUGGGUGUUGGGAAUAUUUAUUAAACACAAAGACAGUCCUAUUGUGAAAGCCAACAACCGAGAUCUCACCUACACUCUCCUCAUCUCCCUUCUGCUUUGCUUCUUCUGCUCUUUGCUCUUCAUUGGACAACCUGGAAGAGUCACCUGUCUCCUCAGACAGUCUGCAUUUGGACUCACCUUCUCAUUGUCCAUCUCUUGUGUGUUGGCCAAAACCAUCCUUGUUUCUCUUGCCUUCAAGGCCACCAAGCCAGGAUCUCGGUUGAGGACAUGGGUGGGGAAAAGACUAGCUGUUUCUAUUGUCCUUCUCUGCUCUCUAUUCCAAGCAAGCAUCUGUAUUGUUUGGUUAUCCACCUCUCCCCCAUUCCCAGAAUUAGAUGUGCACUCAAUCACUGAAAAAAUGGUUCUACAAUGUAAUGAGGGGUCAGUUGGUAUGUUUUAUUGUCUCCUGAGCUAUAUGGCCCUCCUUUCAUUUGCCAGUUUCAUUGUGGCUUUCCAGGCUCGUAAACUGCCUGAUACCUUUAACGAAGCCAAGUUCAUCACCUUCAGCAUGUUGGCUUUCUGCAGUGUGUGGGUCUCCUUUGUGCCAACCUACCUGAGCACUAGAGGAAAAGCCAUGGUGGCUGUGGAGAUCUUUUCUAUUUUGUGCUCUAGUGCAGUUCUUCUAGGAUGUAUCUUCUUCCCCAAGUGCUAUAUUAUUGUAUUUAGGCCUGGUUUAAACAAUAGGGAACAAUUGAUAAGAAAAAAUGUUUGA